AUAUCUCCGCGGCUAUAAAACGCGUCUCCUUCCAAAGAAAACGACCGCUAAAACCCCCAUUAUUCCGCCUAUCGCCACCGCCCUCCGUCGCCAAAACCGCCGUGGUAAACAUCACCUUAGAAAGAGUAGUUCGGUUAUCUACUAAUUCAGAGAGAGAAAUUUGUAUUUACGUACGUGCAUAUAUCUAUGUCUAGAGAAAGAGUGUGUGUGUGAGAGCAACUUUAGAUAGAGAUUUUGGACUGUUAAUUCAUCUUAUGGCAUGGCUGAGUUGGAGGUUUGAAAGCAACGGCGAGAGAGUCGUUUUAUUGACUCCGAGAUGAAGAUAUCGCGAUCCUUUGGUCGAUGUUUACUUCUGCUUUUGGUAUUUUUAGUUCAAAAAGGGUACGUGGCAGCUAAAUCAUUCACAGGGACUUAUGGUAUAAAUUACGGAAGGCUUGCAGAUAAUAUCCCUUCUCCUAAUGAAGUUGUUAGGCUUCUUAAAGCAGCUAAGAUAAAGAACGUAAGAAUUUAUGAUGCUGAUCACAGUGUUCUUGAUGCAUUUAGUGGGAGUGGUCUGGAUUUGGUGAUUGGUGUUAAUAAUGGAUUGGUGAAGGAUAUGAGUAAUAGUGCUGAUCAUGCCCUUGAUUGGGUCAGAGACAACGUGCAAGCGUACUUUCCCGAGACCCAUAUUGUCGGGAUUGCUGUCGGAAAUGAAGUUCUGGGAGGGGGUGAUAUGGAUCUCCAGGCAGCUCUGUAUGGGGCAGUUAAAAAUAUUUACAAUGCUACUCAAAAGUUGCAGUUGGAUGGUGUAGUUCAGAUAACAACUGCUCAUUCACAGGCUGUUUUCGCUAGUUCAUACCCUCCAUCGUCAUGUGUCUUUACAGAAAAUGUUUCCCAAAACAUGAAAAAACUACUAGAUUUGUUUUCACAGAUGGGGUCUCCUUUCUGUUUAAAUGCUUAUCCUUUUUUAGCUUACAUGGGUAGUCCAGAUGAGAUUGAUAUAAACUAUGCUCUCUUCAAUCCAACUGAUGGAAUAUAUGAUGAAAAAACAAAUCUUCAUUAUGACAACAUGCUUGAUGCUCAGAUUGAUGCAGCUUAUGCUGCACUGGAAGAUGCUGGAUUUAACAAGAUGGAGGUUAUAGUGACGGAGACAGGAUGGGCUUCUCAUGGAGAUGCUAAUGAAGGUGCUGCAACGUUCGAAAAUGCAAAGACUUAUAAUUACAACCUGCGUAAAAGGCUUGCGAAGAGGAAGGGAACUCCACGGAGGCCAAAAUCUAUGUUGAAGGCAUAUAUUUUUGCUUUAUUUAAUGAGAAUUCAAAGACUGGCGCGACUUCUGAAAGGAACUUUGGUCUGUACAAACCUGACGGGACAAUCGCGUAUGAUAUAGGGUUUCCAGCUCUGCAAUCUUCAUCUUCAAUUUCAUCUCUUCUAUCAAUUAAGGAACUUGGAGCUCAAGGGUGGCAUUGGUCCUAUAUCUCGGUCUUAAGUGCAUGUGCAUCAACGUUGUUUCUAUUUCUAAGAUCAUAAAACAGUUGGCUCCAGAGUUGCAGAAUAUGAGUUCAUUACUGAAGAUUAUUUCCUCCUUCCAUCCUAAAAUAAGUGCCCAUCUUGGUUAGGUAAUAAUUUGUCCGCUUAAACCGUAUAUACUUUUCAUGAUAUAUAUUCUUUUUCACAAGAGUAUUCGUAAGUUUAAACUUAGAAUCGAUAAUACUUAGGUGGACCAAGAUUAGAUGCUGAAGGCCAAACUGGGCACUUAAUUGGCAAUGGUCAACGUUUUAUGGUUUUGAUCAUAAGUUGUGUUACUACUCAUGCUUACUUGCAAGAUGUUAGUGAUCAGUUUUGAGCUUCUAUGCUUCUGUUUUCAUUUUCUGUAAUGACUGGUAUUAAUCUGGAAGAAUCCCCUCUCAUGGCACUGCCCUACUUUUUCGGUGUCU